AUGAACAAAACAAUGUGUGAGGUGUAGGGUCAAAGAUUAUUUUCGUUGUACAAAUGAAAUUCGCCUCUAAUAAUAAUGGCUAGAAGAAUGAGAAUACAGUGUAGUUUUAAAUUUUCUAUAGAUAAGUUUGAAUAAAUAUUUUUAUUUCGAAGUUGAUAACUCACUUGAUUUCUAUUUGUAGUCUUUUGUCACGGGUUUCAUCUCGAUUAAGUCCAUUGUAUUUUGUGAAAAGAAUAAAUCAUGAUCUUUUUAAAAGGAAGUAGAAUAUUUAGCAUUAAAAUGCAUCCGGCAGGCAAGCUAUUUAGAACAAUGGCAGCAUACUCUACCAAAGUGUCUCUAAAUGAAGUUGUAAUAGCAUCAGCAGUAAGGACGCCAAUUGGUUCCUUCAGAGGAAGCCUGGCCAGCCUUUCGGCUCCAGACCUAGGCGCUGUUGCUGUAAAAGCAGCUAUCGAAAGAGCCGGCAUUCCAAAGGAAGAAGUUAAAGAGGUAUACAUUGGCAAUGUUUGCUCAGCAUCUCUUGGCCAAGCCCCAGCGAGGCAGGCUGUGAUUUAUGCUGGUCUCCCAAAGAGUACAAUAUGCACAACUGUGAACAAAGUCUGUUCUUCAGGCAUGAAAUCAGUCAUGCUUGCGGCUCAAGGUCUCCAAACAGGAGCUCAAGAGGUCAUGCUAGCUGGUGGAAUGGAAUCUAUGUCGAAUGUACCAUUCUAUCUAAAGAGAGGUGAAACUACAUAUGGUGGAAUGCAAUUAAUAGAUGGCAUUGUCUUUGAUGGCUUAACUGAUGUUUACAACAAGUUCCACAUGGGGAACUGUGCAGAAAACACUGCCAAGAAAUUAGAAAUAAAUAGGCAGCAACAAGACGAAUAUGCUAUAUCCAGCUACAAGAGAAGUGCAGCAGCUUACGAAUCUAAAGCCUUUGCCGAUGAAUUAGUCCCUGUAUCAGUCCCACAAAAGCGUGGCGCCCCGCCUGUCAUAUUUUCAGAAGAUGAAGAGUACAAACGAGUGAACUUUGAGAAGUUCAACAAAUUAGCAACAGUAUUUCAGAAGGAAAAUGGUACAGUGACAGCAGGCAAUGCUUCAACAUUAAACGAUGGUGCAGCAGCCUUGGUAUUAAUGACUGCUGAUGCUGCUCAGAGGUUGAAUGUUACCCCCAUAGCACGUAUUGUAGGGUUUGCUGAUGGUGAAUGUGACCCUAUUGACUUUCCUAUUGCACCAGCUGUUGCAAUACCCAAGUUACUAGAACAGACUGGUGUUAAAAAAGAAGAUGUGGCACUAUGGGAAAUUAAUGAAGCUUUCAGUGUGGUGGCAGUAGCCAAUCUAAAGCUUUUAGGCCUAGACCCAGCUAAGGUUAAUGUCCACGGGGGUGCUGUGAGUUUAGGACAUCCUAUUGGCAUGUCCGGCGCUCGUCUUGUUGUUCAUCUAUGUCACGCUUUAAAGAAAGGAGAGAAAGGUGUAGGAGCUAUUUGUAAUGGAGGUGGUGGUGCUUCUUCAAUUAUGAUUGAAAAAUUGGCUAAUGCAGUUCAAGGUCCACCUAUAUUGACCUUCUAUACUAAAGAUCCAUGUCCUUUAUGUGACAGAGUUAUGGAAGAACUAGAACCAUACAAAAAUAAAUUAAUAAUCGAAAAAGUUGAUAUUACAAGACAAGAAAACGUCAGGUGGCUCAGACUUUAUAGACAUGAUAUACCUGUAUUAUUUUUAAAUGGUCAAUUUUUAUGUAUGCAUAGGUUAAAUCAUGACUUGAUACAAAAACGAUUACAGGAAUUUGACCAAUUUCAAGAAUAAUAAUAUUGUCACAUUUUUAGGAUAAAACUGAAAUUGUGGAUCACAUUUUUUUACUUAAUUUUACGGGUUUAUCGUACAUGCAUAUUAUUAUGUUGCUAAGCUGUAAAGAGUAGGUAUUAGCUUUAAAGUGUUUCUUGAUAUAAAAGGUAAGUAUUAAAUAAAUGCAUAUUAUAAUAAUUCAUACCUAAGCACUGACUUUUAGUUUGUGUGAUAUAGCGUAAGGUUUAGGUUAAUAUUGUACUUACUAUAUUAUUUAUUAUUAUAUGUAUAGAUUACCUUUUAGAAAGAAUAAAAAAUACAGGAUAUAUUUAAAAACAAAGGGUGACCUUAUCCGUGAUCUCUUUCAGGCAACACAUAUCUA